CCUGCGCUAUAAAAACACUGAACAAGAGCUCGGCCACCACAUUGAUUAUACUGCAUCUGUCCCACCUCAGUACCACGGUGACCGGCAUCAACCAUGAACCCACAGCAGCAGCUGGAGCAGAGGGGAAAGUUUAGGAUCACUGUUUUCGAGGAGGAGUAUUUCCAGGGCAAGAGUUGUGAGUUCACAUUUGAAUGUCAGAACAUUCUGGACAGAGACUUCAGAAAGAUUCGCUCCAUUAAGGUGGAGAAUGGACCCUGGGUGGGGUAUGAAUACCCCGAGUUCCAGGGCCAGCAGUUUAUCCUGGAGAAGGGCGACUAUCCCUGUUACCAGACCUGGAGUGGCAACAGCAGUUACAGAACAGAGCAUAUGCUUUCUUUCAGACCUAUUAAAUGUGCUAACCACAGUGACAGUAAGAUAACCCUCUAUGAAUGUGAAGACUUCAUGGGACGUAAAUUUGAGAUGUGUGAUGACUAUCCCUCCCUUCAAGCCAUGGGCUGGUGCAGCAAGGAAGUUCCCUCGAUUAAAGUCAACUCUGGAUCGUGGGUUGGCUAUCAGUUUCCCGGUUACCGAGGAUAUCAGUACAUCUUUGAGAGAGAGAGACGCCAAGGGGAGUACAGAUGCUACAAUGAAUACGGCACCCAGGCACACACCAAUCAGAUCCAGUCUAUGCGCAGAAUUCAGCAAUAAGACCAUUCUCCAUUACGAACCCUCCAUGUUGUGCCGUGUCAUAACAAUAGGCAAUAAAGACAUUAUUUAAACUACGGUUAAGACUGCUUUUGGAAAUUCCUUGCUUAUUUAAAUAUAACGCCAUCCUUGCUUAAAUGCCAAUUCUGCUAAAAAGUAAUUUUGUUGUAACACUUAAAACUGGUCAAAUUGUCUGAUUCAGUCAUUUUGGAGCAGGAUUCCCUAAAUGUAAUUAUGCAAAUUUUUGUUCUUUACAAAUGGUCCUUUAGUUCCAGUUGAACACUAGCCAAUUUUGCUUCUCAAUAUUUUCGAGCACACAUAAUAGUGUAACACUGUAUA